CGUGACGCGCUGCGGCUCCGACAGAAACAUGGACGACGUCACAUGUGAGAGAAUGACCUAAACAUGAUCCUUCUGCUUUCUGAGGCACAAACCAGCAGAGACAACAAGCGUGGGUGGGAGCGGCGCCAUGGCGGAGGAGAAAUGUCCCCAGCUGGUGGACUACUUCGUGGUGGCGGGUCUGGACCCGUCGGGGGACUGGAGGCCGCUGGACGAGGACGGGAAGACCUGCGCCUCCUCCUGCACCUCCUCCUCCUCCUCCUCCUCGUCCUCCUCGGCGGCGGCGGGCCGGGCGGUGGAGUCGGUGACGGACCUGGCGGUGAUCGCCCGCGGCCUCGGCGAGGACGUCCCCGAGGGCUUCACCUGCAUCGAGAGGACUCUGGGGGGACACUCGGCCGAGCUGAGCGCCGGACUCAUCAACAACCCGCACCUGUACCUGUGUUACCGCCGGGGCCGGGACAAGCCCCCCAUCCUGGACCUGGGGGUCCUGUAUGAGGGGAAGGAGCAGCUGAAGCAGGGCUGGUACGUGAUCGAGACGACCCCGUACAGUCGCUCCGCCAGCCUGAGUGCGGGCGGCGCCCCGACGGCCCACCGGGUCUUCCUGACCUACCGCCGGGCCCUGGACUCUCAGGGCCUCCACCAGCUGGGGGUCACCGACAUCACCCUGCUGCUGCCCGCCAAGGGGGAGGUGGCCCCCCACACCUUCUGCAGGGUGGACAAGAACCUCAACACCGGCAUGUGGGGUCCGGCUCUCUACGUCUGCUACAAGAGAGCUGUCGCUAAAGCUAACGCCCUGGUCUACAGAGCAGGUCUGAUCAGCCGGUACCCUGAGGAGGACCUGGACUCGUUCCCCCUCCCCGAGUCGGUCCCGGUGUUCUGCCUCCCGAUGGGCGUCACCGUGGAGAGCUGGCCUCUCAACACCAAGUACCAGCUGCCCGUCUUCUCCACCUUCGUCCUCACCUCCGCCUCCGGGGACAAGGUGUACGGAGCAGCCAUCCAGUUCUACGAGUCGUUCUCGCGGGAGCUGCUGUCGGAGCGGCAGAGCGUGCGUCUGGGCCUGCUCAGCGUGGUCGACCGGCGGCCGAUUACCAGCCGCAGCCUGCAGGUGAAGAAGAGCAUCUGUGUUCUGUCCCACUGGCCCUUCUUCACCGUCUUCCAGAAGUUCCUCACCUUCGUCUACAGAUACUCCAUCUCUGGGCCCCACGUCCUGCCGCUGGAGAAACACAUCUCCAGCUUCAUGCACAACGUCCCGUUCCCCUCGCCACAGAGACCCCGCAUCCUGGUCCAGCUCUCUCCGUACGACAACCUGCUGCUCUGCCAGCCGGUCUCCUCCCCACUACCCCUCAGCGGGGCGAGCUUCCUGAAGCUGCUGCAGAACCUCGGGCCGGAGAACGCCUGCACGCUGCUGCUGGCGGCGCUCACCGAACACAAGCUGCUGCUGCACUCGCUGAGACCCGACACGCUGACCUCCGUCAGCGAGGCACUCGUCUCCAUGAGCUUCCCGCUGCGCUGGCUGUGUCCCUACAUCCCGCUGUGUCCGCUGCAGAUGGCCGACGUGCUGCUGGCGCCGAUGCCGUUCAUCGUCGGCGUUCACUCCAGCUACUUCGACCUGUACGACCCGCCCACCGACGUGGUGUGUGUCGACCUGGACACCAACACCAUCUUCCAGUCGGACGAGAAGAAGCCGUUGUCAUGGCGAUCGUUACCCAGGAAGCACGGCAAGACUCUGUUCAACACGCUGACAAGCCUGCACAAGACCCUGGAGAAGAUUUGUACUCCGGGCCAGGAGGAGGCCACGCUGGAGUUCCUGCUCACCGACUACGACCAGAUCUACCGCAGCCAGAAGCAGCUGGAGCUGGAGAUCCAGGAGGCCUUCCUCCGCUUCAUGAGCUGCCUGCUGAGAGGAUACAGGACCUUCCUGCUGCCCAUCACACAGGCUCCUUCAGACACCACCACCGACUGCAGCUCCCUCUUCAACCUGCAGGGGUUCCUGAAGUCUCGGGACCGGACGCAGCAGAAGUUCUUCUCUCAGCUGACGAGGACUCAGAUGUUCACUCAGUUCAUCGAGGAGUGUUCCUUCGUCAGCGACAGACACGCCUGCCUCGAGUUCUUCGACGAGUGCGUCCAAAAGGUGGACGUGGAGAAGCCGGAGGAGGUUCGUCUGAUCGACCUGGACGAGACUCACAGCGGAGAACACACCGUCUUCAUCAUGCCGCCAGAAGAACCUCAAGAGGCCGACGGCUCAGAGAGCCCCGCCCUCUACAGUUAUGAGACCUUCCCCAUCCUGAAGCCGGAGCUCUUCGACCGGCCUCAGGACCAGCUCCGGGUCCCGGCCAAGGGCAGCGCCCCCAGUAGCCCCGCCCCCCGCCGCACAAAACAGGAGAUCAAGCUGGCCCAGAAGCGAGCCCAGAAGUACUCCGCGGUGCCGGACAUGUGGUCCAAGUGUCUGCUGGGUCACUGCUACGGCCUCUGGUUCAUCUACCUGCCCACCUUCGUCCGGGCCGAGACCGCCAAGGUCCGCGCCCUGCACACGGCCUACGACGUCCUCAAACACAUGGAGAACCGCAAGGUGUUCCUGCCCGACGAGGUGUGCUACAGGAUCCUGAUGCAGCUCUGUGGUCAGUACGGUCAGCCAGUCCUCGCCGUCAGAGUUCUGCUGGAGAUGAAGAAAGCUGGAAUCACUCCGAACACCAUCACAUACGGAUACUACAACAAGGCCGUGCUGGAGAGCAAGUGGCCGUCCACCAAUCAGGGCGGACGUCUCCGCUGGGCCAAGCUCAGGAACGUCCUAUUGGCCGUGGCUCAGUUCAGGCAGCCAAUCAAACGCCGGCAGAAGAGUGGCUCGGUGGGGUCGCGGGGAGAAGCGAUGAUGGACGCCGACCAGAGGCUCCGCCCCCACUCCUCUCUGAUUCGUCAGUCCAGUUGGAGCGGCCUAUCAGAGAGCUCGAGCCACGAGUCUCUGACCGGCUCGCUGGUGAAGAGCAGCAGCCUGAGCAGCAUGAAGACGCCCAGCGACAAGGUGAAGCUCUGUAACAAGACGAUCCUCCGUAACGCCGGGACCAACGGCUGCAGCGACGCCGUCUCCCGUAAACCCCCGAUGGGCCGCAGAGACACGUCCACCCCGCCGCCGGCGCCCCCCGGUGGCGUGGUGGUGCGGCGCAGUCAGGUCUGCCUCUCCACCUUCUACAAGGAGUGCGCCGAGUCGGCCGACUCCGAGCCGGACUGCAGCUGCCAGCCGGCCGAGAGGGACGGCAGACCGGCUGGGACUCGAGACUCGGCCAGCAGGAAUAAAGGCGUCGACGAGAACUACAACAACGUGUCGUCGCCGAGCCGAGGAGGUCUGGCAGGGAAGCUGCAGCAGCUCCUCACGCCGACCAGACACCGCGUCAACGUCCGCCGGGCCGCCAGCGUGGACGACCGGCGGCCAGGAGGAGGAGGAGGCGUGGGACGAAGGGUUUCUGAUCAGAGGCAGUCCAGGAAGGCUCAGGUGGCUGAAACGCUGCUGAAGGCCAAAGACAGGCUGGUCAACGCCACCUCAGAGAGCUCGCUGUCUGUAGGAAGUGACUUGGACUUGACGGACAUGCCGAGUCCCGCCUACCCACUGCGGCGCUCCUGGGACGCCAACCAGGACGGGACGGGGCUCGAGGUGCUGAUGUCCAGCUGCUCUCUGUGUCGCAGCUGUAACUCUCUGGUUUACGACGAGGAGAUCAUGGCCGGCUGGACGUCCGACGACUCCAACCUGAACUCGUCAUGUCCGUUCUGCAGCGCGUCCUUCGUUCCGUUCCUCAACGCCGAGAUCUGCGACCUCGGACCCGUCGGCAGCGCCGAGCGCUCCAACUGGAACGUGGAGGACGAGGUGGAGAGCGCAGUGAGGCCCCCCGGUGGUCCGGAGGCGUCGCUGCGACACUGUAACGGUCUGAGUGAUGACUCCAGCUCCGAGACCAGCAGCUACUCCGAGACCAGCAGGACCACCUCGGGCUCGUCGGCGGGCCCCGCCCCCCAGGUGACGGUGGCCUACCUGAGCCCUCUGGUCCUGAGGAAGGAGCUGGAAAGUCUGCUGGAGAACGAGGGCGAGGCGGUGCUGGCCCAGCUCCAGUUCCUGGACAACCACUCCAUCAUCUUCUGGAACCUGGUGUGGUACUUCCAGCGCCUCGGCCUGCCCAGCAACCUGCUGCAGCUGGUCCGGGCCUCGCCGCUGGUCAGCCAGCUCACACAGUCGGAGAACUCUGCGGUGAGGGUUAGACUCCUCUGGGACACACUGACCCCCGACAUGGACCAGUGGCCGCCCCUCUACGUCCUCUGGAGGAUCCACAGCGGCGUCCCGAUGAGGAGCUACAGCUGGCGGAGACAUAACCACCCGUUCACGCUGGCCUUCCUGGAGGAGGUGCUGCGCUGGGUCGGCAUGAACGAGGUGCACAAAGCCGUCACCCUCUUCCUGGACACGCUCGCCAAACAGCCGGGCUCGGCCUGGACGCAGAGGAGUCUGUACAGAGAGUUCCUCUUCCUCACGCUGGCAGCGAUGGGCAAAGACCACGUCGCUGCGUUCGAUAAGAAGUACAAGGCGGCGUACUCUCGGCUCAGCGGCACUCUGGGCCGAGAGGAGCUGCGUAAGAAGCGAGCGCAGCCUCCGAGCCCCAAAGCCGUCGACUGCCGGCGCUGCUUCCACCCGCCGCUCGAGUGCUGAUGACCCGGGAGGACGGCGUCCCCGAAGCCCGCCGCAGCGUCCGUCCGUCCCCGAGGGAGCGUAGAGACGGCGCCGCCAGCCUCCGCUGCCUCCACCUGCUCGUAUCCUUCACCUCUCUGCUGCCCCCUGGUGGAUGAUCCCGCCCUCUGUAGCCACGCCCGCCUCGUCGAUGUCAACCCAGCGGCUCUUUGUCCUCAUUUAAGAUCCUGAAAGUUGAUCCGGCUGCAGCAGACGGAGCCGAUCUGGAGCAGAAACAAACUGAGUCGAGAUCCGAGAGCGUCGGUCUGCAGCGCGAGAAAACUGUUGGAAGCUCGGGGUCGGUGCAUGUCGAGGGAUCAGCUGUGUCGGUGUGAACUCUUUGUUUUCCCUGUUUUUUUGUUUUUUUUUAAAUGCACAGAAUGGGAGCAGAGGGAAUCUUCUGCAGGACUGAAAGAGGGAGAGUUUAGUUGUAUGAUGAGUAACUGUGAGCGUGGAGAACAAGGAAGACAGCUGGGAUUUAAUUCGAAAAAAAAGGUCAAAGUCGAGUAUCCAGGAAACACGAAACGAAACUUCAAGAAGGAAGCUUCACAUCCAUUCGUCUCAUUGGUUUGUAAACAAAAGUUCAUCAUGAGGGAAUCUUCUGCAGGACUGAAAGAGGGAAAGUUUGAGUUGUAUGAUGAGUUACUGGGAGCGUGGAGACCAAGGACGACAAUUGGGAUUUUUUGCAAAAAAGAAAGGUCAAACAAGGAUCCAAAUUGCAGAGCAGAACAUCCAGGAAACACUCCAGACACUAAACAAACCUCAAGACUUCAAACUUCACAAAACUUCAAAUCCAUCCAUCUAUCUCUUUGGUUUGUCAACAAGAGUUGAUCAUGAGGAAAUCUUCUGCAGGACUGGAAGUGGGAACGUGGAGACUAAGGACGACAGAUGGGAUUUUAUUUGAACAAGGAUCCAAAAGGCAGAGCAGAGCCUCCAGGAAACACUCCAGACACCAAAAUAAGCCUCAAGAAGACAUCAAACUCCAGGACACUGCAGAUCAAUCCGUCUCCUUGGUUUGUCAACAAAAGUUCAUCAUGAGGGAAUCUUGGAAAGAUAGAGUUGUAUUAUGUCAGAGUUAAUGUGAGUGUGGAGACCAAGGACGACAGUUGGGAUUUAAUUCGCUAAAAAAAGUCAAACAAGGAUCCAGGAAACACUCCAGACACGAAACGAAACUUCAAGAAGACUUCAAACUCCAAGAAACUUCCCACCCAUCCAUCUCUUUGGUUUAUAGACAAAAGUUCAUCAUGAGGGAAUCUUCUGCAGGACUGAAAGAGGAAUAGAUUGAGUUGUACAUCAAGGACGACAGUUGGGAUUUUUUGCAAAAAAAAAAAAGGUCAAAGAAGGAUCCAAAAUCCAGAGCAGAGCCUCCAGGAAACACUCCAGACACCCAGAUACACUUCAAGAAGACUUCAAACUCCUGGACACUUCCCAUCCAUCUAUCCGUCUCUUUGGUUUGUAAACAAAAGUUGAUCAUGAGGAAAUCUUCUGAUCGUCUCUGUGAAGAACAAGAGCUGAACAUGUUGGACCUCUCCCAACGUUCCUUCUGUGGUUUCUGAGAAGAAAUAAAGUCUGAAGUUUUCCAUCGUUCAACACAAGAAGAUUCUUUCACACUCCUUAAAUCUCCAGAUCUUCUGUUUUUUCCACCUUCCAUUUCUGUCUCAGCUCUGAAUAACUUUCACCGACGUCUUUGCUUCUUUUCGAUGGGAGGAAGUUGUUGAUUUGACUAAUUUUUUGUUACAGAAUGACGAGAAGAUCAGUUUCUGUUUGAAGGCUGGAGGCGUCAUAACUUCUGAUUAAUGUAACAACUCAUCAUCAUGACAGAAAAUCUCCUUUUAAACAUGUUUAAAUUUAAACUUACGACGAUUUAAAAGCAUCACAUUAUUACAUCUACUGCUCAUUAUCAUGCCCUCUGUCUAAACUGUGUAGAAUCAGUGUUAUAAAAAGUGCAGAUGGUUUAUUUCUGACUGAAUGAAACCUGGAGAGUUUGUGUAAUAAUGUGCUGUCAGCAGGUUUUGACAUUAUGCAGACGAUGUGACGCUCUCCGCUGCAAAGUUUCUGCCUUUAUUACCUUUUUUUUUACAUGUUUUUUUGUUCCUUUCAAUGGGAUUAAAGGGAGUUUGAGAAAAUGUCUGAACUUCAGGGAGAAAAUUACAAAAUUAAGUUUAUGAGGGAUUCAAAAACAUAAGUUGUAAUAAUGAGAAAUGGCACAAAUAAUAACAAUAACAUAAACAAAGGAUAGAACAGCCUCCUGUUUUUUGUUUUUUUUUUGAGUAAAAUUGCUGUUUUAGUCAGUGAAGUCUGGUGACUUUUAAGAGAUCACAGAUAAAAGCUUCAGUUCAGCAGGUGAAGAGAAGAAAAUAUUAUAAAUAUAACACAAACUUUAACUGAUAUUGAUUUGUUUAGGUGUCUAAAAUACCAUAAAAUAAUAUAAGGGUUAAAAAUAAAGGUUUUGCUCUCAUUUAGGUCUCUUAAAGCCACCAGACUCCUUUGACAAAAACAGUAAUUUUAGCUGACAUAACACAGACAUGUUUUCUUUUAAUAAAUCACCAAUAUUACAUAAUUUAUCACAACCACAAACUGUAAAAACAGAAAUAAUCAUCAGAUCUUUAUAUUUCUGAAGAUUCCUGAAAGAAACUUUUGUGACCAACACUUCAAUCAGGAAAAAUAACCAAAUCUGAGCUUAAAAUCAUGAUAUAACAAUAAUGAUUUAUUUAAUCAAAAUGUGUCUGACCAGCAACUUUUUUUGUUCUGAGAGAUAAAAUUACUGUUUUUGUCAGGUAAAGAGGUAAAAUAUUAUAACUACAACACACACCUGAACUAAUACUGAUUUUUUUUAGGUGUCUAAAAUCCCAUAAAAGUGUAUAAAAAUAAAUAUUUAGAUCUCUUUAAAGCCACCAGACUCCUUUGACAAAAACAGUAAUUUUAGCUGACAUAACACAGACAUGUUUUCUUUUAAUAAAUCACCAAUAUUACAUAAUUUAUUAUAACCACAAACUGCAAAAAAACUGAAAUAAUCAUCAGAUGUUUACAUUUGUGACGCUCCAAACCAACAAAAUCUCCACUUAAAAAUAAUUAUAUUUAAUCAAAAGUUUUGCAAAAAGUAAAAAUAUUCAACGAGAUAAAAAAACUUAAACAGUUAAAAUAAUCAUCAGAAGCUGAGAAAAAGCCAUAUGGAUCGAUGAUAAUUCAGUUUUUGCAUUAUUUAAUUUAAUAAAGUUUGCCAGACAGACAGAUUUGGACAGAUUUGCUGGUUUAAUUAAAAUAUUUUAGUUUCCUGCUGCGUACUGGAGCCGCGGAGCAAAAAACACACAAUCUGAAUCUACAAAUAUUGACUGAAGCUGAAAGAAAAUGUAAAAAUGGAAGUCUACGGUUGAUAAAAAGGGAGUUUUUAAAAAAUGUGACGGUUUGUGUCUGCUGGAUGUUUUUGUCCCACACUGUACAGUUUAACAGUUUAAUGCACCGGACUGCAGUUCUUUCAGUUAAAUUUAAAGGAAUCUGACUUGACUUUGGUGUGUCGCAGGUUGUUUUUAUUUGUCGGAUGAUUUGAGGAGGAGACGACGUAUUUAAACUAGGUAACUGUGUUUGCUGUUGUAAUUUAUAUUUGGCUGUGAUUUCAGUUGUAAAUGUUUGUUUUUUUAAGAAAAACUUCAAAAAUAAAAGACGGGAUGAGCCCGAAACGUG